AUGCCUCGCAUUGCGAACGUGGACGUGGAUCUUUCGGAUUUUCUCAUGGAGGGCAACUUUGACGCAUCAUUCAGCGAAGUUGGGAGCGACAUGAUCGGCUAUGACGCAUCGACGGAAUCCCACUUGCAUCAGUAUGCAUUUCCCGCUCCCCCCGUCACGGUCCAAGAGGGAUUUCACGAAAUGCACUGCUUGAAUAUUGCAGAGCGCACGACCAAAUACUUGGAGAAGCUGUACGAGAUGCUGGAGCAAUGCCCCGAGUCAAUUGUGACAUGGACGCAAGACGGCACUGCGUUUGCCGUCCUCAACGCUGACGCGUUCGAGCGCACAAUUAUCCCCCGGUUCUUCAAACCCAUCAAAUUCGAAAGCUUUGUCCGGCAACUCAACUCGUAUGGGUUCCGCAAAGCCAAGCACAAAGUCUCGAACAAGGCUGUGUUCGCUUUUCGACACACAAACUUCGUCCGAGGAGAGGCACAUAAACUCCAAACCAUCCAGAGACGUCGUCGCAGCAAGCGUGCCUCCCCACUGCCAGCGCACGCCCUCACUGUCGACCCAACGUCCGAGGAAGGGCUAUCUGCUCGUGUGCAAAUCUCGCUGGAAACGAUUCUGGCCUUUGUCCGAACUCUUCAAAAAGAACUGGCCGACACAAAUGCGCUCGUGCAAGCCCUCGUGAAUUGCGAACCCGCGCCGCCCCUGGAAGCAAACUCGACCAACGGAGCCCAAUAA